AUGGUCGCCAUCAAGUCUAUCGCUAUCUCCAUCAUCUCCGUGAUUGGCCUUAUGCAGAUGUGCCCCGCGCCCGCAGCAAUUGCCGGCGCCGUAGCCAGGACCGCAGUCAGCGCCGGCGCCAGGAGCGCCGCCAAGGGCGCCGCCAACGCCGGCAAGGAGGCGGCCAAGGACGCAGCCAAGGGCGCCGCCACGGACGCAGCCACGGACGCGAUAGACAAUAAACUGGAUGACAGUGAUGACAGUGAGAGCAGCAAGCGCAGGGUGCGCCGCGCCGACUUCCUCAACGACCUGCGCGCGCGCUCCCUCCCCGCCGGCGUCUCGCAGCAGAGCUUCGACACCUGCGUCCAGCAGAUCGUUGACCAACACUCCAAGCAAGGCAUCUCGGUGCAGGUGUACACCACCGGCAACAGCAACAGCACCGCCACUGCCUCUGUUCGCGCUGAUAACGUCCCCGCCGCUUGUAUGAACCUGGCUACCGUCUUGUCCGGUAACCCUACUCAGCAGGGCGGCGCCAUUCCCAUUCCUAUGGGCAGCUCCAGCUUGGAGUACCUGAACUUGUCCAAGGCUGAGUUCAAGGAGCUCAAGAGCGCCCUGAAGGCUUCUUAG